AUGCGUCCCAACUUGCUCAAACGGGCACACAGCCAUAAUAAACAGACGCUGAAUAAUCUGCUGCAUUCGCGGGGCACUUCGCCACAUCCACAGGGCGAUACGAUCUCUGGCCAUAAGCAGAUCGAGGAAGAAACGCUUCCCAAGUACAAUCCAGACCACUGGUACCCGGUGCGGCUGGGCGAAGUAUUAAACCAUCGCUAUGAAAUCGUGGUCAAACUUGGUUUUGGCAUGACGGCCACCGUCUGGCUCGCUAGGGAUCUUCAAGCUGACCCAAAUGCUGGGAAUCGGAAAUAUGUGACUAUCAAGAUUAACGUCAAUACCCUCGGCGAAGACUUCCAAAAAGGCCGACGAGAGAUUGCUCAGAAGCUGUUCUCUGCAAACCCCAAACAUCCUGGCUACGUCCAUGUCCGAUUCAUGCUCGAUACCUUCAAGCUCAAGGGGAAACAUGGCGACCAUUUGUGUAUCGUGUACGAUGUCCUGCGAGAGCCCAUUGAUUUGUGCAUGGAGAAAUUCCCCGGUCGGCGAUUCAGCUGUGGGAAACUCCGCAUCUUGCUUCCGGCUCUACUGCAGGGCCUCGACUACAUGCAUUCCGAGUGCCAUGUUGUGCACACCGAUCUGAAAGCCGACAACAUCAUGAUGGGACUUGGCGAUCCCAAUAUUCUCGACCACUUUGUGCAGACUCAGUUGGAACAUCCGGCACCCCGGAAAGCGCCCGACAGCCAUGGACGGGUCAUCUACACAUCUUGCAGUGACUUCGGGGAGCCGCCCAGCGAAGCCGUCAUCGCAUCUGCCAAAAUCACUGACAUCGGCCUGGCAGCGUGGGGGGACGAGAAGAACACGAAACCCAUCCAGUCCAAUGCAUUUAUGGCGCCCGAGGUCAUCUUACAAGCGGGCUGGUCCUAUCCUGCUGAUAUAUGGAAUCUGGGAGUCAUGCUGUGGGAUUUGUUUGAGCAUUUCGGACUGUUUGAUCGGAUUGAUACGAAACCCGGCCACUACCAUCCCGAGCAGCACUUGGGCCUGAUGAUCGCCCUCCUGGGUCCCCCACCUACAGAUUUCCUGAAGCGUUGUGCCAAGGCACCGGCCUAUUUUGAUGCUGACGGCCAGUUCAAAUUUCCAGACUAUGUCGAGGAACACACAUUCGAAUCUUCCAUUGUUAGGCUGAAAGGGGAAGAAAAAGAAUUGUUCAUUGAUUUUGCAAAGAAAAUGAUCACGUGGGUCCCCGAAGAACGAUGGACCGCGAAACAAUUACUGGAGCAUCCUUUCUUGACCAAAGAGCGAGACUUCGCUUCAGGCACGCCGAGUCUCAGCAGAGCUUCAACAGCUUCCUUCAGCUCGAUGAUUCCGUCGCGGGCAGUUACGCCAGGAAUCCCCAACUCAAGUUCGCCUAACGAAGGACCAAAUUCCUCGCCCAAGUCACUGCCGCACAAUGCUUCGAUGCUGCCGCCUCGGCUUCUGGAGCUGGUACCGUCUCUUGCCUCGUCAGACAGCUCAGAGACAAAGACUGACAAACCACAUGCAAAUGACGAGAAAGCUACUUCGAGAACCUCGCUGUCAUUAAGGCCGAAAAUGGAGAGCCUGGUGGAGUCGCACAAUGAGCCGGACGCCGAGAUGCCCAACGCUAAGCGUUUGUCGGUGAACACUGCGAACAAGUGUUCGCAGGAUAUCAUCGACGCCAUCCUCAGCAAGGGCAAAAACCACCGCGUAGAGCCAGAAGCGAAAUGA